AUGGCUGAUGAGCCCAUUCAAUACGGCCGGGUGAAAAUCCCCCAAGGCUUUCCCAAGGAAGAGGAUUACAAUCCACCGCCUGCUCCUUCACCCUAUUUCGACUUGUGGUUGCUCCCAGAUCCCCCAGACGAUGCAUGCGUUUGUUUCAACCGCGCAUGGACUGCCUUUGAAAACGAGCGCGCAUUGUCCAGAGGCGUCUUGGGGACUCUUGCAAAACACCAUUUUUGGGGCAUCGACUGGCACCGUUCCGACAAAAUGAAGAAGAGUGUCAUUUUAAAGGGCCUUUGGAAGCUUUUCUACCAUAUGCCUGAACGUAACCGGCCUCAUACCUUGGGCGAGCUGGUUGAUCUUGACCGGGAUGCUGGCCCUCGGCUUUUAGGAUACGAACCACGCAAAGCAGACCCUCAAAACUUGCAAAACGCAUCGAGCCACGGGCUAGGUAGCCAUUCUGAUGAUGGAACAAAAACUGCUAGGGAACUUUCCACCAGGACUAUAGUUCCACCCCAGCCUGUCAGUAUCCAACACCACCGUAUGCCUCCUGUGAUGCAGGAUGGUGCUAGUUACGACCCACCAUUCGAUAUGCCGGAGGAUGCAAAGAGACUUAAUUUACGCCCAAGUCAUGUUCGGCAAUAUCUCUUCCCGCUAUACAAGAUAAUGCUUCCCAAAGAGCCCUGGACUCCCUUGGGCCCUGGGGAUGCACCUGAGAUAAAGCGUGAAGCUCCACCACGACGAGAGGUGCUGAUGUUACGAAGACAACAAGCCUCAGAAAUCAAUGAAUCCGAGAUCCCCAGACUUAGUGAUGGAAAUCCUCCUUCUAGCGAUUACCCUCCACUUCCCAGGCCGAAAUACGCUACCGAGAAGAAGGUCAAUGAAGCGAUCGUGGAAACUUUGAUGAAACUCACUUACCACGAGAUUCAGAGGCAUGACACUGCACCAGCCCGUGGCAUGGCACCAUACUUCAUUGCAGAAAAACCCACGGACUUCGAUAUCAUCCAAGUUUGUAUGGGGCCAAGAGUUUUUGAGGUGAGCAUUGACCUCAACAGCCUUGAGAUCAGCCCCUUAGGGAAGGUAUGCCAAUAUCAAGGCAGAGGCCCGGUGGGGUCUGUCGCUACUGCGUCCAUUGACACCGUCAUUGUUAUGGGAAUGUUGACCGAAGCCGGCUGCACUGCCAUCGAUCGUUUUCGGGGGAGACAUGAGCUCUUCGAUGAUGUCGAGAUGGCCUACAUUGAGGUGACUAACAUGAAUUGGGACUGCAUGGAUGCUGAGCUCUCCGCGGAGCUUCGUGAUUCCUUCUUCCGAAAGCUACACGCCAACUAUCCCUCCUUUGCAAUGGGGCAAACUAUCCCUCCUUGGGCGGUAUGGGCGAAGCUAACGAGGAACUUUGCGCAAUUUCAGUACACAUUUCAAGACCGCUCUCAUUACUGUGCGUGCGAAGGCAAGACCUGCGAGGAUAGCCCUGUCACGAUUGGCAACUGCCUUUUGCCCCCUUUUCGACGGGAGGACCGCGAUGGAGUCACUCCAGGCGCUCUGGUCGGCCGGAAACUAGGAGUCGAGCAUAAAUGGGGCUGUGAAAUAUGUAGCCUGACAAGAGGAGAAGGACGUAUCACUGAACGAACUAUAACCAGACUUCCACCCCGGCUGUCCUUGUUGACCAACUCUGAAACACGACUCGUGGAUCACACGGCUGAUUUCACUUUCAGUUAUCGCGAUGCAAAUGGCGUGAUUGAGGAGGCCAGAUACCGGUGGCUUGGGGGAAUCUAUCACCGCGAUGGACGACUUCGGGUUUAUUGGAGCGACGGAGAGCCAGGUCGGACAGACCCUAUGACCAUUCGUGGAUAUGACCCUCUCAGUAAAGAAGAUGACUGGCUACAGUCAACUAUCCCACUACUGAUCUACGAGAGAGUCAUCGACCCGCCGAAGCCCAGUUUGCUUUUCUGGGGAGCUCAUAUCACCCAUAUGCUGAAGAAUAUCAAUGAAAAGCGGCCUGCUCUUCACGGUCAUACCCUGCCUACCCGUCCACGCUAUCUCGCAAAGCCAAUGCAUAAGGAUCGCCGAUUGCCUAGCCUCGGUGAUCGGUCCUUCGAGAUUCAUCGGCCGGAUCCAGGGACCCAGCUCGAACUAAAUCCUUUCAUCGGAAAUUCAGAAUCCAAUCUCUACUCAUUGAUGAAGGUCAACCCGUUCCACUCCGUCGUCCCGAGUCUCUUCCAAGCUGUAGCGAAGAACCCUUUGCCAGAGUUGCCUCCUGGUGUCGCGCCAGAACUGCCAGCCUACCCCUUACCGGAUCCCGUCCAUACCUUUGACUCGUUGCUGAGUAGUCCGGAUAUUUAUCUUCAGAAUCCGCAGACAUGGUCAUUGGGCCCUAUGGAGGUACGAGAGCGCCGUGUUGAUCCCGAAGAUGUGGAAGAUUGGGAAGGCUUAGAAGAUUGGCUUGAGCACGAUGAGCUGCCGCCGGUGCCAAUGGAGCCCCUAGUGCCUCCACUGCCUCCACUGUCACAAGAAAGGGGAGGAAAUGGAAAUGAUACGCAAAUAGACAGACGGGCGGAAUCACAGCAGGCAGAAUCAGAGACCAAAGCAAAGGAACAACAAAUGGCACAGGAGAUGUGGAUGCAGUGGAUCAACUUCAGUCCGAGCCAAUCUCAGAAAUCCAGCGCGGAUAGCAAUAAAUCGGGCAAGUCUGAGAGGAGCAAUGACAACGACACGCAUAUGGGUGGGACGUCGGUCGGACCCCGUUCGGAGAGGAGACGUGCAGGUACAGGCACAGGCGUAGGUGUAGGUGUAGUUGUAGGCGCAGGGGCAGGGGCAGGGGUUGAGCAAAGAGGGACGAAACACCGAGGCAAAAACAGGUGA